AUGAGCAAGUCGGAUAUGGAGGCGCGCAUGGCGCACAGCGAGAAAGUCGCCGAGGAGCACGAGUUCUACAUGCGGGCCAAGAACAACUACGCUGCCCGCCAGAGCCACGGGCGGCGGGCUGAAAGGUUCAAGGAGCUGGAACUCAAGAACUUCCCUUCCCGGAACUUCGGCGAGGACCAGGACGACGACCACACCCUAUGGUUUACCAGUAACAGGCUGACCUACCUGGGCAUCACAGGCCUGACCCAGGAUGUCGGCCUUGCCAUCGACAGUGCCGAGGAAGUAAUAGUGGCUCUUGUCGCUCGUUUCCCCUCUUGUAAGGGCCUCGAUAUCGGCCAGGAGUUAACCAGCGACGCAACCUUGGGCACCAUCAUCAAGAUGGGUGUUAAGACCAUUUUCCAUAACAUGGACGCUUUCAUGACGAAGAGCUAA